AUGGCCGGGAGCCGCGCCAGCCCUCUCUUCCUGGACACUUCAGGGAUCUGGCUUCAGGACCGGCCCUCCCUGGCAUCGGUGGAGGCGUCCUGGGAUGUGGCAGAGGUGGCAGCGCUGCGGGAAGCCACGGAUGGGGACCCAGACCUGAGGCAUCUGGAGGGGGACAGUGGGGAGAAGCUGGCUGUGCCAGACCCAGAGCUGAAGGCCAUCACAGCCAGAGUGCGGGAGAUGGAGAAAGAGUAUGAGAGGCUGAAGGAGUUGCAGCUGGAAGCUGAGAGCCAGCUCAUCAUGAGCUCAGAGGCAGGUCUCUUCCCAAAGACAACAGAGGAGAAAAUGGAGGUUGACCAGCGAUCCAUCUAUGUGGGCAAUGUGGAUUAUGGGGGCACAGCUGAAGAGCUGGAGUCUCACUUCAACAGCUGUGGGCAGAUCAACCGAGUGACCAUCCUCUGUGACAAGUUCUCAGGGCAUCCCAAAGGGUAUGCCUACAUCGAGUUCAAAGAGAAGAGCUCGGUGAAAGCUGCGGUGGAGCUGGAUGAGAGCGUGUUCAGGGGCCGUGUCCUUAAGGUGCUGCCCAAGAGGACCAACAUGCCAGGCAUCAGCACCACUGACCGUGGGGGCCACCGGGGCCGCUUCCAAGCCCGGGGCCAUCGGGGGGGCUACUAUGGAGGGCAGUACCUGAGGGUGCAAGGGAGGACCUACAGGGGUCGGGCAAGGUUGCUGCCGUGGUACUUUCCAUACUAG